CCCAAAGGUGUGUUAACGUUGAGCAACGCAUUACUCUACUGCUGAGACCUAGAGAGAGCUAUCCGAUAUUCUGCGUUCCUUCGGGAGAGUGGAUCUACCACUAGAGGCAGUUGGGAAAAGUAUUUAUAUUUAUAACCAGUUAGUUCUCACCGUUCGCACCGCAGAAUCAUUCUUAGCCAGCAUCAGUUCACCGCGAGCAAGCAACCGAUACGGAUUCAAAAUCAAACUUCGGAGUGAAUACGAACGUUUCAGUAAGAGCUCGGAUAACUGAAUUUCCUGGAGACGGACUUAAUCGGUGCAGAAAGUUGCGAAAUUAUACCGGAUCUGGGAAUUUUCCUAGCCGUUCUUUGAACCGCGCAGAUGAUGGUGACAUUCUUGGUGUGAAUCAGCGCGCGCGUGUUUUCGUGGUUUGCUCAUAGUAUUUAAGUCUGCCUAGGGGAAGAUUUAUUGCAUUCGGUCACUAAGCAUCACUAAGACGAUGUGUAAUACAAGCAGUGAGAUAAUAUUCAAUUAGAAGAAAAGAAGGAAACAAUGUGUGACCCCUGUGUUCGGUUGGGUAAAAAUCAGAAUGAAUUUUGAAAAAAGUGCUAUCAGAAGAGGAAUUUCGUGAAUUUUUCGGUUUUCCUUCUGAGUGAUUUUCCGCAAGCGUGAAGAGCAACGUCUUCAAAGGGGUCGAACAGUGUCGAACGUGGUGUGGACAGUGUGUUUAUUUUUAGUGAAAUAAUAAAGCCUCUCAGCCGUUUGGGGACUUGCCCGUCGUACGUCAGUAACAACAAGACCUGUCAGUCAAACUCGUUCUCAAUUUACGGGAAGUCAACCACGAAGCAGAAGAUUUAGAGGUCGAGUAACGAUUGCAAGUUUUUCCCGAAAAAGCGGCUGCCAAACUGCAUCUGCACAGUGUGUGAGAGAAGAAAGUGCUAAACAGGAAAUUUAUGCUCCACCAACUGAGUUUCGCUUGGAGGAAAACGAUGCUUCUCGGUAGCCAGACGCAACAUCAGACCCAGCACGUGCUACUGGAUAGUGAAUCACGAUAGACGAAAACAGUCAGUGUAAACUAUUUAUAGUUAUUCCACGAACUCAGAAGGAGAAACAGUCAAAAAGUAGAACACCAAAAUCACGAACUAGGUCGUUCGAAAGCUAGCAGGCAGAGGAGGCGCCCGUUCCUCCUGAUGUUCAAGUCUCACCUGGAAGACCACCAACGACGCCAAGAUGUCUUUCUGUCGAAUCACCGGCAAAUGCCGGUCUCUGCCGAAACCGAACUACUUCCCUAUGCUUCCACCUAUUUCGCCAGCAGAUGCCAAACGAUUCUGUCGCGUUACAGGCAAGUCCUAUGGACUCCCAUCACAUCACUACAUCCCCGUCAUGCUGAUCAAAUCUUCCGGCAAAACGAAAUGUAAAGUCACUAAUGUUUCUGAUCAACUGGACCCACAUCAUUAUUUUCCCGGAAAUUAUGGAAGCCGAAAACACACCGUGGUUUGCCAAUUUCGAUACGUUUUUCCCAUUCUGGACGAUCAAGACGAUGCUCAGAAAAAUCUUACAAACAUCUUAGUUCAAAAAACGAAAUCCAUCGAGCAAAGCCUCUACGUCUACAAAGUUGACGAGCGCAAUUUCGGAUUGGUUUUCCCGGCCAAAUUGGAAGCAGCUGUUCGUGAUGGAGAUGUGCGUGACGUAAUGCUCGCCAAGGAGUCUGACAAACUUCUUAUAAAGCUCAAAAAAGGCAACAGCAUCGCCGUCAGCCUUAAAAACGUUGAACAACAUGAUUUGGAAAACCUCUACGAAGGUGAAGGUCCUCGCGAAGAUGUGAUUAAAAAGCGUGAGAUCGAAGACGCCAAACGGCCCAAGCCGAAAGGAAAAUCCAAUCUCUCCAGCAUCGCCAACAUCUUCGAAGAGAAAGAAAAGAUCCAAGAUCUCAAAGAUGAAGAGGAACAAAAGUUCAUUGAAGCUCAUCGUGAAAAGGCCGUUCGACUAGCCGAAGAACGCCGCGAACGUCAACUCGAAGAAAAACUAAAUGCUUUGAAGCUCAACGAACAUUUGAUCGAACAAGAUCCCGAACUCAACGAUCUUGUCAAGCCCAUGAUCGAGUCCUGGGACUGGAGCACCCUGGAAAAAGAAGCUUCCGACUCCACCACCACCGCCAACUCCAUCAAAACACUACCGGAACCCCACCAAAUCACCCCUGUAAAUCUACCGCCAAAACACCUGCAAGUUGAUCACGCCAUUCUGGAAAAAUCCUCCGGCAUGGAGGCGGCCUCCUACGUUGGAGCAAUCACUCCCGCCAAGAUCGAACUCAAAUCAGAACGCCUUAACGUCAUGAAAUCCCUUCCUCCGGAUCUGCUGGAUGCCCUUGCACAUGUAGAAGAAAAACUCGCAUCCCAAGCGGACCUUCUGCCGCACUUGGACGAUCUAGCAUCCGUAAUCACUCGCCUACAAGACGCGCAACCAAUGGAAGUCGACGGAGUCCCCGGCGUAAAACUGGUCGUCAAUCACCAGGAAAUCUUCAUCCCAGGUCAAACUAUGGUCAUCAAUAACAAAUCGACCUUCAUCCCCGGUCAAACCGUAGAAACCGAAAACGGUCUACUGGAAUUUGUUCCUGGCGUCACGAUCACUUCUCACGACAGUGGAUCAAUCCAGUUCAUUCCCGGGGAGGUCGCUUUGACCAAAGCGGGAAAACCACAGUCCUUCGUUGCCGGAAAAGUAAUCGAUGGCAAGUUCGUAUGCGGUCAAGUGCUCACCAUCAACGACGAGCCGCAAUUCGUGCAAGGUCAAACGAUCGUCACUCCAGAAGGUGUGAGCAAAUUCGUUGCUGGAGUGGUUGACGAAAAAACUGGAGAAUUCGUUCCAGGACAGAACAUUCAAACGCCGGAUGGCGUCAAGUUCGUUCCCGGACAGACUAUCACCGUCAACGGAAAGGAGAAAUUCAUUCCUGGACAAACAGUCGUGAAGAAUAACAAGGAGAUGGUAUUUGUGCCUGGUCAGACGGUGGUUAACGAAAAGGGUGAAUCGAAGUUUGUCCCUGGCAAGACAAUCGUUACAGCGGAAGGAUCUAAAUUUGUCCCUGGUCAGUAUGUAGACGAUGCAUUCGUACCAGGAAUAUCCGACGGCGAGAAAUUUGUUCCUGGCGUCAACAUCGAAACCAAGGAAGGUUCGAAGUUCGUGCAAGGUCAGAUUGUGCAUACCAAACAUGGCGAUGUAUUCAUGCCAGGUUCAACGACUGUCAACGAAAAGGGCCAGGUUCAAUUUGAACUGGCCUCGACAAUCGAAGCCGUCAAAUUCAGUGAAGCCACCCCAGUAGGUAUGGUAAUGGAUAGCGAAAAUAUGAAGAUCACGGAACCAGCGCUUUGCGUUUUUGGCCACAUGGUUCAACAAGAAACCGGGGUAGAGUUUUACCCGGAAAAGAUCAAAAAAGAAGACCUUCCACAAGGAAAAAUCGUUCCCGGAAAGUUGGUCAAGCAACUUGCGCAGACCAAAUUCAUUCCUGGAAUCAAUGUGGACGAAGGUUUCAUUCCGGGCCAGGUCGUACAAACCGAUCAUGGAGAACAGUUUGUGCCGGGUCAGGUGAUCGAGACAUCCGAAGGUCUCAAAUUCGUUCCAGGCCAGAUUGUGGAAACCAAAAACGGCGCGAAAUUUGUUCCAGGCCAAACGAUGCAAACUGCCGACGGACCAAGAUUCGUUCCGGGUCAGAUCAUCAACACAAAAGCCGGUCCAACGUUCAUUCCCGGUCAGGUCAUCUGCACGGAUGACGAUGGUGAGAAGUUUGUCCCGGGACAGGUUGUCGAUACCGAUGAUGGCCCAAGAUUCGUACCGGGUCGUGUCGUUGAAACUGACAACAAGGUUACAUUUAUCCCUGGAAGAAUCGUUCAAACUGCCGAAGGACCGAAAUUCGUCGCACCAGAUUUGAAAGAUACGGAAGAUGGGGAUGAGGAGUUCCUGGUGCAAAGUUUUGCAGUGACUCCCGAAGAAUUGAAACUGUUGAAACCGACACAGAAUUUGGCAACGAUCGAUACACCGGAAAGUUCUGUGAUCAUGACUUUAGACAGUUCCAUGCUGCAGCAAUUAUCAGAAGCUGGAAUGAACAUCGGUCGACAAGUUGAAGCGUCAGCUGUGGACUACGUGCUUGAGAGCACAAAGGAGCGAAAGGCCUUGCAACAGUUCAUAGCAGAGCACAACAUCCAAAAUGGCAGUAUGGAUGUGUUGGAGAAUUUGUUCGAUGGAUUGAAGGCCGUUUGUAAGCGAGUUGAUUUGGAUUCGCUUCAGUAUGGUUUGGAGGAUGACAAAUUGGUGGACACAUCAGUUUGUAACGGUUCGAUUGGAGCUGUCGAGUCGUUGGCGACUAAUCUAGCCACGAUCUUAGCGAACACGAAUGAGUCGGAAAAUUGCAAUAUGUACGAAGUGAUCGCCGAAGCUAUCAAAAUGUCCAACGGAGAAUACAGUAUUGAAGAAUUGCAACAUGUGAUGGAGAGUCCAGCCGCAGUGGAUUACCUGGCAGGGGUGGUCAACAAGACAAUUGUAAAGAAUAAUAUCGAUCAGAAACUGAAGACGCUUACGGCACUGGUUGGUGAAGAUGAUGAAGGUAGAGAAGUUAGCGUAGCACCUCCAAAGGGAGCAAUUGAAGAGUUCUGUCAGCUGAUGGACAACGAUCGAAUGUCCGAAGCGUUCGUUAAUCUGCUGAAGAAGGAUGAGAAUUUAUUCAAAUCAAUCGUGUCCGGUCUGAAAACAACUGGUGUUGUCGAGGGUAGCGUGAAUAUUUCCGAGAUUCUCCAAGCAGCAGUCGUGGAUAGUAUUCAAGAGAAAGCGCAAACUGCGAUAAUGGAUCUACUCAAUGAGCCCAAUAGAGAGCAAUUGAAUUCAUUGUUGAAAAAAUCUGAAUGUCUAGCUAUGGCUUUAGGAAACUCUAAAGAAGCGGAAGCCUUCGAAUACUUGUUGACACAUCCGCAAGCAUUAAAAGAUUUGAAUAAAGAGGAUGAGUUAUUCACAAUCAUCAAUCGAGUACUGAUCAUGGAAGAGUUGGCAGAAGAUGACGACGAAUAUCGUGAACUGAUUGACAGUUUGGAGAAGACUCCAUCGCACGCAACCAAGAGUGACAAACUACGGGAACUGAUUCGCCAGAGUGGAGCUCUUUCUUUCGCUCCAGCCAAAAAGCAUACAAUCGAAUCAUCCAAGGACGUCCCGCUGUCUCUAUUCUACACCAACAAUCAACUGGCCAUUGAAGAAUUCUUCCUCAAGAGCGGACAACACCAGCGACACUGCCCGAAAGCGUUCCUCAUCAUCAAACGAGGCAUCCAGGCGGUGAUACCUCGCGAGUCUAGCCACGAAGUGCUUGCAGGAAAAAUUGCGUACACCGUUCUGGACGAGCACGGCAUACAUCAGUUCCAACCGAUGAACGUCUUGAAUGCGCUGAAGAUUACUCCACGCUUCCUGAACCGUUUUUCGAUGUACACUUGUGAUAUCUGCGAGGAGCCGGACCUGGACACGCUAAGCAGCAGUAGCAGCCAUGGGGACGGCGACGUAGACAGCGAAGGAUAUUACUACAGCCCUCGACGACCUCUGUCGAGGAAGGGAUCGCUGUACAACAGCAGCAGCGCCAGGAGAGGAGACAGACUGGAUUCACCGAUCCGUUACCAUCAUCAGCGGCCUCCAACGGGAACGACGACGAUGCCGAACGGAUACCAUGAGCGAUACGCGCAUCACGUAGAGAACAUGAAGACUCUUCCGAUGGCCAUGCGGAUAGCGAUCAAGGCCUCCAUCUCGCGGGAAGCACCGAUCAUCAAGUCAUCCAGUCGGGAUUACCUCCACCGGUCUUCGUCGUACUCCCGGCUAAAGUGAAAUCGACGCCGCUUCUUCCGUGAUCUAGUAGUGAUGGGCAGAGAAUUUGUUUAUUGUAAAGUAGGGAUAGGAUUAAGGGACAGUGGCGGCCGGAUGAUUAGUAACGAUGUGUAUAUUUGAAAAUUUGAUUCGAGCUGAUUUUGCCGCGCUAUAAAUAGUACUUAAGCUCCAAUAUUUUAAAAUAAAAAAUGGUUUGCCAGCUUUAGUCAACUAAUCGAGAA